AUGAAAUCCGUUUUAACAUUUCGUAAGUCGGGAGUCAAUGUAAACUAUCAUGGCUUCCAAGUCCAUCUUUGCAGUAGAAAUAUAAGAAUGGCUUUACCAGAACCCUUAUUACUUGACGAAGAGCUCGAAAAUCAAUGUAACGAAAUAAGGGCUAUUGCCUCAAAGAAUUGGUUGAGCUCUGCCCACAGCUCCUUACAGCAUUUGGACCAAAUAAAGACCUCAGUGUACAAUGUUGGAAUCCAUGAUCCAAAGGACCUUAAAGCCACAAACCUAUCUCAUAGAGGACAAAGAAGCCAGAGUUAUACAGAUCUAGCUAAUACACCAAAUGGUCCACCUGUUACUCUACAAAAAAAUGCUAUUGCUUGGGGAAGUAAUGGAUCAAUUCCUGACCUACUUGCUCAGCACAGCGCGCGAUCUCAAAUGUCUGAGAAACCCUCAGUCAGGCGCAACCGUCCUACAAGUGGAAAAAAAUCUCGACCUCAGAGUGCAAAAGAGCUACACAAUGUAAAGGGAUCCCAGCUCCCACCCAGAGCACCCAGUAUUGGAGUGAAAGGUGCACGAGUGGAUCCAUCAGGAAGACCCCCUAAAACUGUCCAUCACACAUCAACUGGGUGGGUGGGGCCCCCAGCAGGCCUCAAGUUUGCUGAUGAUCUACCAACAGACAUUCCAUGUGAUAUUUUAUGUGGGAGGAUAUCGUCUGGGGGUUCACCCCCACCGGCUCCAGCAGGGUCACCCAUUCCUCAGGAUGUUGAUGAUAAUGACAUAGAACAAAAUGAGGUCAUAAAUACAGAACCCCCAAAGACAGCCUCCCCAGAGCCCAUUCACUUCUCCCUCCCCAGGAUGGAGGACGAUUAUGAAGAAGAGGACAGUGACCUAGAUACGGAAAGGCUUUUAGCCAAGACUGAAGAACAUGCCCCCACACCUGUUGUUACAGAAAACACACCUGGAUUUACUUACACACACAGCAAAAGUAAUAAACCAAAUACUGGUCAAUUGGAGGUCAAUGGACAAGAUGAUGCUACAUUGCCCUCUAGAAUUCUGAAAGAGAAACUAGACAACAAUUCAUUGUCCAGUCAUGUCAAUACCCUACCAGAUGAUUGUGAUGAUCUGUUUGAGGAGGACGACGAUAGCUUAGAAGAUGACUGGGAUGAAGAGUUGGCAGAGCUGGACCACAAGGAAUCAUCUUUUAUCGGACUGAAUGAAAAGACCUCUGUCAAAUUCCGGGAGGAUAAAAAUGUUACUAUAGAUAUCACUCCAAGAAACCUAGGCUACAAAGUGGCUGACAUGGAAACACAUUCCAAGAAGAAGCGACAUUCUCCACAGAAUAGAGGGGAAUUAGAGUCAGUAUUGUCCAUCAUCAGUACAGGGCCACCAAAGAACCACAUUCCUACAAUUGAAAUGAACCAAGAUACUAAGCACACUGUUGAACGCAAAGCUAGUCAAGAGAACUGUGAAAUCUCGAAGAAACCAAAACCUCUUAAUUCUGCAUUAAAACAGAGAACUCCAGGUCAUGACACAAAGUGUGAAAAAAGAUUGACUCAUGAGAGACCCAGGUCUGCUAAUAAGCCCUCCACCCCCGUCACAACAGUUAGUGUGGCCUAUAGUGACAUGAAUGAGGUCAGGAGGAGCUCCAAAUCAAAGGGCAGCAAGAAACGUCCAGAGAAAGAUGUCGUCACCAUGGUAGAGGGAGUUGUAUCUGACAAUGAGGAGGAAGAGAGUGUUUCCAAGGCCGAUAAAGAGGGUAUAACACCUGAUAAACUGGAGUCCUGGAUGCCAACAAAGUGUGUAUCUGAACCCCCCAAGAACUAUUAUGAAUUAUCAAGAAGGUCCACAUCUGUGCAGAGUCAUUUCCGAGAAACCACUCCACAAGCAUCAAACCAUACGUACAAGACAACUAAAACAAUUGAGUUCGAUGAAUACAAGCCAAGGGAAACAACUAUAAAGAAUGUGAUAGAUGCAAGUGGUCUGUUGAAGAGUCGAGACAGGGAGAGAUUUGUAGGACUGGAUGAGGAACACAGGGUCAAGGUCAGGCCGUCCAGUGAGCGACCUCAUUACGAAGCUCCCAAAGAGAGGCUGACUAACAGGCCAAGCAGUGAAAUGUCACAAAAGAUCAAAUCUAGUCAAAACGGAGAACUGCCUGUUGGUAAAUUGGGUGCUGUUGCAACACAUCUUGAUAAAGUAAAGUCUGUAGAAAAGAAGAUGCUUAGACGACCUCUCUCUGCAACACAUAAUCAACGCAAGUCUGAAGUGUCACAGCAGAAGGAAGAGUGUACUGACACACUGAAAGGAACAGUGAAUGAAAAAGUCAAUUUGUCACAUAGCUCAAAACCUGAACUGAGUGAAAGGGAGAAAGAGAUAGAAAAUUUGAUCAAUAAACAUCUACGCAGAAAUGAUGCAGCAACCCCAGUAUGUAAACCAGAAGACAGUACGCUUCCAGAACCUGGUGCCUCAGACAACAAAAUGACAGAGGAAAUCCAAAGCAGCAAGAUGGAUGAGGAAAAGGAAACAGAAGACAUAACACAUGACCAGAAAGAAAGCGUUGAGGUGAAAGAGAGGCCACCUUCAGGAGGCAAGGUUAAGAGUGCAUCCAGGAAGCCAAAGAAAAACUAUGAAGAUAUAGAAACAUUAGUCAGUGGGACAUACAAGUGUACACUCAAGGCUGAGAAUUUAAAGGAAAACAAAGUCAACAAAAUAGUACUGAAAAUGGCAGAAACUAAAGUCAAUGCCAAGCUAACAGACAACUCAAAGCACUAUGCUUCCUACUCCCGGAGUCGAGUGAGAACUGCCCCACUGCGUAGAGUCGCAUCAGAACCUAAAGUCAGAUACACCAAACCACUCUUCAUCAAUUCCAAGAAUCCAGACGAUGACAUCUUCACUGAGAAUGAGAUUGAGGCUCACCAGCUUCAUCAGAGGUUGGCUGCUGCAGACGUAUUCAUCAGGCCAGAAACCCUAGAGAGAGCACUUUAUCCUCCAUCGGGGAAAACUUUGUACUAUGAUGUUGAAAACAAAUUACCUCGCUCAACUUCAGCAAGCUUAUUAAGUCAUCCUAAAGUCUGGCUUCCCGUGGAAUAUAAGCAGUUCAAGCUGGCAGAGAAAAACUUAGAUAGAGCCAAUGAAAUAAUGCGCAGAAGGGAACUAGCCGAGGAAAGGAAAGCCCGUCUGGCAGAACUAGGAUCAGCAGCCAAGAAAAAGAAGGGGAAGAAAAAAGGCGGAAAGAAAAAGGGUGCAGCAUCGGGAAAGAGCAAAGCUGUGUGCUGAGUGCCUGAGUAUAUCUCUUAUUUUGUGCCAAAGGCAGCUGUACUGAUAUAGAUACCGUCCAUAACUAAGUACUUGUAGCAAUGCUUUGUUGUGUCAAAGACAGAAACUUUAUAAUUUACAGUUCCUUUCUUUAAG